AUGUUGCUCACCGGAACCGUAGAUAUCCAGGUAUUUUGCAGUUGUCUUCGUCCGAACUGGAGUGCACCUGUUGCAAGGGAUUACGCCCAGGCCACAACCGGAAACCAGCGAUGCACGAACUGCUCCAAGAGUCGGAAGUGGAACGACGAACUGAACUGCCGAGGCACCGAGCGCGAACAACCGAGCAGCUCCAGCAGCUAUGGCGGAAUGAGAGCUCCAGCGCUGUCCGAGCGACGAGCAGCCAGCGACGACGGAGCCCAACAACACAUCUGCUCCAGCUUUGCGUGUGUUGCGUGCAUUGUUGCCGUUGCGAGCAGGCACUGUUCUAUCUGCCAAAGCUAUCAGUGCAUUAAAGGGGAUAAAUCAUACGUAGUUCCCAGCAACUCAGGCCGGCAGCUACAUAAGACCUUCGUACCAAAUCCAAAACGAAAACCCAUAUUUCGCUCCGUUUCGAUUCGAACCGAAUUCCAGUCCGCCCAGAUGGAUAUGAACUAUCAGUACAAGAAGGACCACUCGUUCGACAAGCGCCGCAACGAGGGCGACAAGAUCCGGCGCAAGUAUCCGGACCGUGUGCCCGUCAUCGUGGAGAAGGCGCCGAAGACGCGCUACGCGGAGCUGGACAAGAAGAAGUACCUGGUGCCGGCGGACCUGACGGUGGGCCAGUUCUACUUUCUCAUCCGCAAGCGCAUCAAUCUGCGUCCCGACGACGCCCUCUUCUUCUUCGUGAACAAUGUGAUUCCACCGACAUCGGCCACCAUGGGUGCACUGUACCAGGAGCACUUCGACAAGGACUACUUCCUCUACAUUUCCUAUACCGAUGAGAACGUCUAUGGACGUCAGUAGACGCGGGCUUGACCCGCAUAAUCGUUUUGGCGGUCGGUUGAGUUUCAAUUGUCAUUUUUUCCCAUUGGCACUACUCGCUCAAUAAAGAAUGACUGCUCCUAGCCAGCUAACCAGAA